AUGCGCACAAGAAGCCCAUUUGAAAGAGGGAGACAAAAUAUCACACGUNCCGAAAGUGUUCAGCGCGAGGAGUACAAACAAAUUGUCAGCGAGUUACUUCAGCAGAGUGAACCUGUCGCAGUCAAUGAAGCCGAGGCGAAUAACAGUGCCAACGUUGUUCCGAUUGACGAAAAUGUGGAGAAUAAGGAAAAUAGCCUAGUGGAUGCAAAUCUUUCCGAAAUCCCCGCGACUUCAACACCUCGCAAAGUCUUCUACUACGACAGCAGUUUGGAAGAAGUUGAGGAGCUGGAAGCUCAACUAAAAAGACUUAAGCGAGAAAACAAGACUCUGUUAAUGGAUAACAAAAAGAAGGACAUGGAACUGGCGGCACUCCAGCAAAAGUAGGGUAAUCAGAAAAAGAAGCAUGACUAUGAGGUGGAACAGCUGAAAAAACGCUUGGAUGAAUACGAAGAUAUGUGUAAAAACAUG